AUGAAGCUCAUCAUCACAGGCGCGACGGGCUACGUCGGCAAAGAGACUGUGUCUCAAGCGUGCAAGCAUCCGGGAAUCACCACGGUUGUUGCGGUCUCCCGAGCGCCGAUUGCGGCUCCCGAAGGCACACCGGUGGGCAAGUUCAAGAGCGUCGUCGUGAGCGACUACGACCAGUAUCCCGACGAGGUGAAGAAGGAGUUCGCCGGCGCCGGCGCGUGCAUCUGGACAGUGGGCAUCACACCCCCGAGAUCCAUCGUCGUUGGCCCGGAGGAGGCGAAGCGCAUCUCCCGCACAUCGACGCUCGUCGGCAUGCAAGCGCUCGCAGACGCGUCCCCCGCCAACCCGUUCCGAUUCCUCUACAUGAGCGGGUCCGCGGCCGUCCGGGACCAGACCGCGAAGGUCGACGGGGAGUUCGCGGACUUCUUCCUCAUGCGUGGCGACGUCGAGAAUGCGGUCUUCGAUUUGGCGGGCACGCUCGCUAGCUUCGAGGUGUGUGUGGUGCGGCCGGGGAUGAUCGUUGAGCGCGUCAAGGUGGAGGAGUCGCGCGAAUUCGCGACGAAGAAUGGCUGGCCGAUUAUCGCCGUGGAGGAUUGUGUUGGAUCGAUGCUGCAUCUCGUCAUCAACGGAUUCGAGCAGGAGUCGGUGUCGAAUGACGAGAUGGUGGCGGUUGCAGAGCGAAUCUAG